GGAUCCGAGCCAGCGAAUUCCAUUGACUUUGCUCGCAUCGACAGUCAACGCACCAUGAAUCGCGCCGAGUCGGACUUCGCCGUCGUCUUCGUCAGGACAUACACAAUGCCGGGCUACGAACCCCUAUUCAACUUCGUAAACGAAGGGAUUGGUACUGGACCUGGAUAGAGGUGAUCCAAGACCACUUGGCACUUAUUCUGUUUGUUAAGAAUGAGGAUGCAUUUAUUUCAGCUCUAAAGCUUCUCAGUGUGCAAAGCUUCCUCAUGGGAAGACAAUAUGUGAAUUCAGAAGCUCACGAAAGCUCUAAAAUGUUCUCCAGAAGGCUACUAAAUUUCCAGAUUUUGAAUUCCAGGUCAUGGACCAUCAAGAUCACAAGUUUGUAAGAGGUGGACGUGCCUAGUUCAUCUGCCAUUGGUGGUCCAAACAAGGUCCUCCCUUAAUGCUUCAGGGCUCCUAAAAUCACAGUUAGUUUGAUCUCAACAUUGGAUAUAACAUGGGAAUGGAGAAAUAUGUGGUACUUCUAGCUGUUCCUCUUCUUGUCAUUUGUUACUUCAGUCAUGUGAGAUCAGAUUUGCUGGAGCAUCGGUACAAUGUUGACGAUGCAAUUCCUCUUUACGUCAACAAAGUUGGUCCAUUUGAAAAUCCAAGCGAAACAUAUGGUUAUUACAGUCUUCCAUUUUGUCGACCAGAUCGUAUGGAGGAGAAGCAGCAGACUUUCGGUGAGAUAUUGAUUGGAGAUCGCUUUGUAACUGCUCCAUUCAAUGCUAAAUUUCUACAGCGGAAAGAUCAAGAGGUCGCAUGUGCAAAGAAGUUGACAAGUGGAGAAGUCUCUCAGUUUCAAGCUGCAAUUAAGCAGGGUUAUUACUUUCAGAUGUACUGUGAUGACUUGCCAAUCUGGGGGUUUAUAGGAAAGUUUGGCAGAUCAUCAAAAAAUAAGUCAGAGCACAAAUAUCUCCUUUACCAGCAUUUUGAAUUUGAAAUCUUUUUCAAUAAGGAUCAAAUAAUAGAGACUCAUUUGUUGAUGAACCCUAAUGAGGUGGUGGAGUUGACUGAAGGCAGGGAAGUGGACAUAAAGAUACUGUACAGUGUGCAUUGGAUAGAAACGAACGCACAUUUCAAUGAAAGGAUGAAGAAAUAUUCAGUGUCAAGGCAUUCUACAACACACUAUUUUUCAAUUAUCAAUGCAUGUGGGACGUUUCUGAUUCUGUUUGGAUGCCUUCUGAUUUACUAUAUGAGAGUCAUCCGGAAGGAUUUCUAUGAUUUGAUACCUGAAGACGCAGCAGUAGACAGAGAGCAGACAGGAUGGAAGUGCAUCCGCACUGAUGUCUUCCGGUACCCAGAGCACAGGUCUUUGUUUGCUGCAGCCCUCGGUUCUGGUGCUCAGUUGUGCAUUCUAGCCUCAUUUACUUUACUACUUGGGCUUCUGGGUGUAUAUUAUCCAUACAACCGAGGAAAUUUGUUCAUAGCAUUGAUAGUCCUGUACACCAUGACAUCUGGCUUUGCUGGAUAUUUAGCCGUCUUGUUCUACUGUCAGAUUGAGGGAAAGAAUUGGGGCAAAAAUUUGCUGCUGACAGGGUCCUUAUCAUUUGUGCCGCUGUUCCUCAUAUUCUGCUUCCUUAAUACUGUCGCGGUGUCUUACCAAGCAAAUGCAGCACUUCCUCUGGGAACAAUCUUGUUAUUACUGUUCAUUUGGAUAUCACUUGCAUUACCAUUGCUUGUUCUUGGUGGAAUAUCUGGGAAAAAGAGCCACGGUGAGUUUAAAGCCUCUUGUGAGACUUCGAAGUGCCCCAGAGAGGUCCCGUCACUGCGAUGGUACAGGGGCACUCUUCCACAGAUGGUCCUGGCAGGUUUAUUACCUUUUUCUACGAUCUACAUUCAGCUGUAUUACAUAUUUGCCAGCAUGUGGGGUCAUAGGGUCUACACCCAUUAUAACACAAUAUUUGUCAUCUUCGUUAUUCUGCUCAUCACAACUUCGUUAAUCACCGUGGCUCUGACGCACUUUCAGCUAGCUGCUGAAGAUCAUCGAUGGUGGUUGAGGUCCUUUCUGUGCGGUGGAUCGGUUGGUCUGUAUGUCUAUGGUUUCUGCUUCUAUUACUACUAUUGGAGGUCGAACUUCUCCGGCUUCUUACAACUCUCUUUCUUCUUUGGGUAUAUGGCUUGGAUCUGCUAUUGCAUCUUCCUCAUGUGCGGGUCCGUGGGAUUCUACGCAUCUCUGCUGUAUGUCCAGCACAUAUACAGCUCUAUCAAGAGCGACUAACAGUGUUUAUGCUCCAAUAAAGCUUCAAAGUCCCAUCACGUUCCUUCCUAUUGGAUGAAAUACCAUGAGGCGCCGUCUGCUGUGUCUGGUCAGGACAUGGGCAGGAGCUGUUGAUCUUACACAUGGCCGCUCUAUGCCGGCUCGGUCUUCUGUCUUAGCCAUCUCUGAUAUGUACAGAUGAUGCCAGGUUUUCUCCAUGACAUUACUAAUGUUGUUAAUCGAUCAU